AUGGUUUUCGGGGAGAAAGUUCAUUUUGUAAAAAUAUUUGUGAUUCUUUUUGCAAUAUUAAUUAAAAUAGGCGUGGUAAAUACUGACGAUAAUUCUGGUUGUCCAAUCGGAUAUGUUUCACAGGGGGAUAAAUGCAGAUUGUGUGAAUCUGGUACAUUUUCAAAUAGAGAAACUAACUCUUGUAUGCCCUGCGGUGAAGGAUCUUAUUCUGAAAAUGAAGAAUCUGCUAACUGUGAAACUUGUUUAGAUUUUCAGGUUACUUCAGCUAUCGGUUCAACUAAAAAAGAUGACUGUUUUUGCAUGCCUGGUUAUAAGCCUACAAAUCUCAGAGAUGAAACAUGCAUUCAAUGUGUUUCAACUGAAUGGUGCUAUAAAACAACUCCUACUUCCGGAGGGUUUUGGAACGUGGCAUCUUACUGCUAUAGUGUGGAUUUGAGCAAAUUUUCAAAAGAGUCAACAACUUAUUUACUCUGUAAAGAUAUGUCCUUGAUGAGUUCGAAAGUUGCAAAUUUUUUGCUUCCAUGUUUUGGAGGAGAGAGUCAAUGUGAAAGCUUAAUCAGGAAUAGUGAGGCAAUCGCAGAUAGUAGUAUUAAUUCACUUGAGAUAGCUAGAUGCAAAGAAGGUAAUGCUGGUAUACUUUGCGAUGAUUGCGAAAAAGGAUACACAAAAAUUGAUGGGGUUUCAAGUGAGAUUUACUCGUGCAAAGAAUGUAAUUUAUUGAAUUUUGUCGCAUUUCUCAUAAGUAAUUUAUGUACUUUAGGUUUGAUUGUUUACUCUGUUUGGGUAUUGCGUUUGGAGCCAACUGCAAACGAAGAAGAAAUGCCAAUUGUUCAAAUAACGAUUAUUAGAACAAUUAUACAACACAUGCAAUUACUGGGGCUACUUUUUAAGACUAACACAAUACAGUUUGAGUACUUUCCAUUUCUUUCAGUUGCCAUUUCAUAUUUGGGUUCAAAUUCUUCUUUUUUACCACUUUUUCAGUGUAUAAUAUCAAAACUUGAUAUUCAUCCAAGUGGGUCAGAAGCUUUAAAAUUAUAUUCAAUUAUUAUAUGUACAACUCCAUUUCUCCUCUUCAUUUUUGCCAUCAUUGUUGCACCAAUCUUAAAAUAUUUUCGGCAGAAAGAAGUUAGUGGCUUUUUACUGGGACGCCAGGAAAUGGAAGGAGAAUGCUUGCAAUUUCAAAAAUCAUUUUUUUCUUGGUUCUUCAGUGUAUUUAUCGUAUCAUUCUUUUUUUAUUUCUCAAUAAAUCUCAGAAACAUUUAUUCAAUCCUCAGUUGUGUAUCACUUAAUAUCGAUAUUCAUAAUCCAUCUGACUCAUUAAUGGGUUCUUACUCUAUGCCGGAGAACAUCAAUAAACAGCAGAGCGUUGAUUUAACUCCUGGCUCAUUAUUAGUUGUUACUAUUGCAAAAGAUAAUAUUUGUUGGAGCCAUGAUCAUUGGGUUGCAAUAUUUUUUUCUCUUAUUAGCUUUACUUUUUGGCACAUUCUAAUACCUGUAAUAUACUCACUUUGCAUUUAUUUUGAUACUAAAAAUGAUAAAAUACAACGAAGAAGACUAGUUUAUGGGUGGUGGACAAGUGGAUAUGAAAAUACUCGUAUGAAUAUAUGGGAAAUCUUUACUUACUUCGGUCAAAUAUUGUACCUAACUAUAAUAUUUCUAAUUGGAAAUAUUCAUACAUUUAAUUACGUCGUUGCUUAUUUUCCAGCUCCGGGUGGCUCAGAUUAUGAAGCUUUAAUUCCAAUUUAUUCUCCAAUUUUAUCAUCAUUUUGUUGUAUUGCAGUAUCAAUUUGUUUAGACAGUAUUUAUAGUUUUGUAAGGCCAAAUGACCAAGAUUUGUUACGCAAAAGCGUAAAAAUUGACAUAUCUUCAAUUGGAGUUGAAGAUGAGCUAACAACAGAAGAACAAAAACAAAAACAUAAAGUUGCUUAUGGAGGAGGAUUAAGUUCAAAGCAAUCAAGUAAAUUGAAUUGGAAUACAUACAUUUAUAUUAUUCAUAGAAUGUCAAGUUUUUCAAUCAUUAUUGCAAUUUUUGCAUCGCUAUUACCAAGAUUAAAUGUAAACGUUGAAAACACUAUUGAAGAACUUAGGGAAACAUGGGUAGAUUCUGUUAAUCCAAAUCAUGUACCAUUGGGUUAUGAUGAUUUUGCUGUCAAGCUGAUUUCCAUUUUUUCGGUAUUUAUAAAUUAUGCUUUUGUUAUUGUCACAUUAUUUUCAGUAUUGGGAAUCAAAAUAUAUAGAAGGAUUUUGUCAAUGCUAUCAUCAAAAACAAAAAUGGAGACACAUAUUCAAUCAAUGAGUGACUUUGUAAAUAGUUCUGAAUCAAUUAACCAUAUAAAUAAGGGAACUAAGGGCAAUGGACGGAUUUCUAAUAUUGAAAAUGUAUUUCAAACUUAUCAUGAUAUGAACAAGACCAGCCAAAUAGGGGAUCAAGAUGGAGAGAGAGUGGACGACGAAGUUUCAAUAGAACAACUCAUUAGGAUGCAUUUAAGAACAGAUUGCCUGAGUUUUUUAUCAAAUGAAGACCGAGUAUCUGUUGUUGUUGCAAUAAAAAGAUGUGAUAACCGUCAGGAAGGGUUGGCAAUUUCAUUAAGAGCAACAUUAGAUUCAAGAUUUGGUGAAAGUGGAAAAUAUACAGUAAUUGAAAAUAAUGUAUUUAUUUGUGAAUCACUAAGGAGUUACGGGUUUUCAGAUAUUGGGAUGGAGAAAUUAAUUGAAGAUUUAUUAGAUAUACAUAUUUCUAUUACAAACAGAAUAAAAAGUGUAAGUAGAAAUUCAUUAAAAAUGGCAUUGGAUUUAUGUAUUAUUAAUUACCCAGAAGUAGCACAAAAGUUAGGCAUGGAACAAAUUGUCCCUGCAGAAUUAAAUUUGAAUGAUAUGAAUGAAAAGUCAAAUAUUGAAACAAAUAAUAAUGUUGAGGCAUUAUAUUCCUUACAUUUGAGAAAAUUACUUGCAAGGCUAAGCUUAAAUGCAUUAAUCUUGGAUAUUAGUGAUAACUUCUUUAAAAUUCCAAGAUCAAUUCCCAUAUCAUUAAGAUUAAAGUUAAAUAGAGGAACCGGUCUUUUGUUUUCUGAAUCUAAUUUGGAGGAUACUGGGAUGGAAAAUAUUAAAUUAAACCAUACUUUAAUUAAUGAGGAAAUUACAGAUAAAGGAUAUAAAGUACCGAUACCUGGGUAUAUUGAAGAGGAAUAUAAUGAACCUAGAUCUCUUGACGUUGACUUAAUGUUAUCCAUAAAGAAAUUAACGGAAGGUGAUCCAAGAACUGUUUUGGAAGAAACCAACUAUCCAUUAGCAUUCGAAAAAGCGACAAGGAGCUCCGCUAGAAGUAAUAAAAUAUUAGAGACUCUAUUCUCACUAAUAGAACCCGAAUUCAGGUCUCAAUUUGAAAGUUCAUUGGAGCUUAAUAAAGGAUUAAAAGAUGGUAACAGAGAAUUAGAUAGAAAUCAGGAUGAGGAUAUCGUACAAUUAUUAUUAGGAUUAAAUCCAGAUGAAAAUAUUGGCAGUGAAACAAUUCUUACGUUACUUAAAGAUUUAGAAACUGCCAGUAAUAUGAGUCUUCCUGAUUAUUUAGGAGAUAAACCUCAUUUCCCUGAAUCAGAAUUUUAUUUUUAUGAUGAAAAUAAAGAUCAUAUAGCUUCCAAAAAAGUGGGAUUAUUUGUUAAAAAUUCGAAGGAUAGGAAACAAAUUAAAAACGAUUUAGAUGAUAAUAACAAAAUUACUGGAUCAAAAAAUAAAAUGUCUUUAAAACUUAAAAAUUCGAUAUAUAACUUAUUUCUACUUAGAGUGCUGGAUUUAAAAUCAUGGUUAAGCCAAUAUAGAAAGCAAUAUAUUGAAGAAACUAAUAAAAAAAUGGAAAACUUAAGGCAGUACAAUUAUUUGAAUUUUGAUAAUAAUUUUAUUGUAUCGCAAGAAAAAAAUAUAAAGAAUGCUUCAAAUACAAGUUCAAGUAGUGCAAAUGAUGAUAAUAAUAAUACCAUUAAUAACCUAAAUACUAAAUCUAAUGAAUUAGAUACAACAAGCAAAGUUUCAUCUUCAGAAAAAGUAAGCAUUGAGUCAAAGGAGAAUCUGAAAAUGAUGACAGAUUUGAUAUCAAAUUUAAAUAGAUAUGCAAGCCCAAGUAUGCUGUUUUAUUAUUUACAAUUAUGUAAAAGGCUAAGUUUAGGUACAGAUUUGACAAUGACUUCAUUAAUACCAGAUAACUUAUUAUAUAAGGGAGUAAUAAGUAAUGAAGAGGCAAUAAGAUUAUACAGAGAGAUUAAUCCUAGUUUGAAUUUUUAUGAUAACCCUCUUGGAUUUGAUGUUGCAACUAUUCAUGAGUUUUCAGCAUUAAAUACACCAAAUCUGAAUUUAAAAAGAGAGUUAGAAUUGACAAUAGAAUCACAAAGAGAAUUUAAUAUGAUUUUUCCAUCAGCGUUGCCAUGCAUACAUUCAAUAUUUUGGAUUCCUUUUGAUAUUUACGAUGAUGACAAUUUAUGGAUAAUUCAAAGUAGGGAAAGAGAACAUAUUUCUCAAUUAUUAGAUAUUUUAUCAAAAGAUCAUCCACAAAUCGUAGAAUUGCCAUAUAUAGAUGAAGAAAUAAUGGAUGAAAAGUUAGAAUGUAUAGAAUUUGAUAAAAAUGACAAAGGUUUGAUGAAACAAACAUUAAAUACAUUGUUACCACAAGUUUCAAAUAAUGGAGGAAUAGAAAAUGGUUCUUGGUUAUGGAGUGAAUUACCAAUAAGAUUUGCAAUAGAUUUAAAUGGCUUAUCAAUUAGAAAACUCUAUUCAUCUUCAAAUUAUCAAAAAAGUAUUUAUUUAUCUGGAAAUCCCUUGUCAGUUUUAGGACCACAAUCGCCUCAAUGGGCAUAUAUGAGCCAUAAAUCAGAUAGAAUAAAUUAUUUAAAUGGUGUUUGCACUUUGAAUUAUAGUAUAAAUAACAAUACAGAUUUUGAUAUAAAUACUAAUAUUGGUGAUCAAGCAAUAAUUGUUGCUCCAGGUAUAGAAGUUAAGGGAACAUCAUUUACGAUAGAAGUUUGGGUUAAAUUACCCCCAUUAUUUGAAAAAAUAAUAGAAGAAGUAAAGGGAGAAUCUGAUUCAGAAGUAAAAAGUCAAAGAAGUAAAUCAAAGUCAAGAUCAAAAAGUAAAAGUAAAAGUAAGAGUAAAAGUAAAACAAAAAUGGAGGGAAAAACGAGUUCUAGAACAAAAAAUAAGAAAAUAGAUGUUUCAUCUAAUAGUAAGGAUAAAGAUCGCUCAUCAAAAAAUCUAAGUAAAUUACAAAAGAAGCUUGCUGGUAUUAAGGGAAACAAAGAAGAUGAUGAAGAAAGCGAAUCAGCUAGUGUUGAUGGAGCAAAUUCAGAUGCAAGUGGAGCUCAAGAAGAAUCCGGCGAUUUAAAUAGUAAUAAUGUAAAGAAAAAGUUAGAAUUGCCAACAUUACAAGUUCUAUGUAGUACAGAUGCAAUGGAAGGAUUAUUUACAGUACAUCGACCAACAGGAACAAUUGGUUUUUGGGAUAGCAAUGGCCGAUUUUUAAAAUGUGUUAUUAAAAAUAACCCCAAAGAAAUAAAUAAAAAUGAAAUGCAAUUUAAAAAUUCAUCUUUUGUGACUUCUAAUAUUGCGACAUUGCAAAGUAUUUAUUCACAAUUGGGAUUGAUAAAAAAGAGCACCUAUUGUAGAGAAACAAAUCAAGAUAUUGAACAAUUUAUUGACUACAAUGAAGAUCCAUGGAUUCUUGAUCCAUGGGUAUUAGUACAUAUUGUUUAUAAUAUGGGGUCAAUAAAAUAUUAUGUUAAUGGCAGAUAUAUUGGUUCAAUUAGAAAACCAAAUGGUUUAAAGGGCGAUAUAUCAAUAAUAGGCGGAGGAUUAGAAAGUGGAUCAGGAUGGGGUUACUUUAGUCAGUUUAGAGUUUAUGGAGUACACACAAGUAAUGAACAAAUAAAAAAGCGAUAUGAAUCAUAUGUUUCUCUAAACUCUGAUAAUUCAUUUAUUACUAAAAUUAAUAAAUUAACAUCAACGACAAUUAAUUGGGCGUUAACAUUAUGGAGAAGUGGUGCUGUUGGAUUUUUCAUAUGGAAAUAUAGUCAAAUCAAUCUAAAACAAAAUGAUAUUACAUACUUAAUCGAAUUAAUAAAUAGAAAAAAUAAUGUCUUAAGUAAUGGUGAUAUAGUUAAUGAAUUAGAACAAGGCGAUAAUAAUUCGAAAAAUGGAAUAUUAUUAUUUGGUAUAAUUAUUAGAAUACUAAAAGGAGAAAGAUCUUUUCCGUACUAUUAUGUAUAUGAACCAUUACCUUACAUAGAAAAUGUUCGAGACGACACGAAUGAACAAAAUCAGUCAUCUAAUAAAAUCAAAUUGUCAUCAAUUAAAUAUAAAAUGACAUCUAUAACAUCACAGUUAGGAUAUAGAAUUUCUGAAGAUUACAAAAAAAUUAAAUUGGAUAAUGAACAAGUAUAUAGAAUGAACCCAUUAUUAUAUCAGCCAAGCAUAGUACCUGGCCCAGGAAUGUCAGAAUGUUUAUUAUUGGCAUUUAACACAAAAAGUAAUAAUUCCGGAUUAUUGAUAACACCACCAAUUGAAUUACAGAAAAAAGUUGUUAAUAAAAAUAAAAAUAAAAAUACAAAGAAUUUAAUUAAUGAUGAUGAUCAGAAAAGGAAAAAUAAUAAUUUAACUAAUGAUAGUCUUGAUCGGGAAAAUAAUGAAAAAUUAGAAAUUUCUGAAUUAUAUAAUGGCUGGACAAUAACGAUAUGGUUUCAUUAUCCGUUGUUAACAAACUAUUCGUAUAAAAUAAAUAAUUCUCCAAAUAAUAAUGACGAUAUAGCCAAUAAUUCCAAGAGAAAAUCUACAUCAGACAUUGAUCAUUAUAUAGUGUUAGUGACUGGUAAAAAUGAUUCGCAUGUAAUAAUAAAUGAAAAAAUGGAUGUUGGUGUAUACAAAAAUUUUUCUCAUAUAAGUAAUAAUAAUGAUAAUGAUAACAAUAAUAAUACUAAUAAUAACAAUAAUAAUAGUAAUAAUAAUAAUAACAAUAAUAAUAAUAAUAAUAAUAACAGUAAUAAUAAUAAUAAUAAUAAUAAUAAUAAUAAUAAUAAUAAUAAUAAUAAUAAUAAUAAUAUGAAUAAUAAUAAUAUGAAUAAUAAUAAUAAUAAUAACAAUAAUAACAAUAAUAAUAAUAAUAAUAUGAAUAUGAAUAUGAAUAUGAAUAUAAAUGAUCAUAAUAACAACUUCGGUAAUAAUAAUAGUAAUAAUUAUAAUCAUAAAAAUAUUAGUCAUAAUGCUAAUAUGAAUAUAAGUAUUGGUAUUGGUAAUAAUAAUAGUAAUAAUUCGAAUAUGAAUAUUAAUCUUAAUAAUAUUCAUAAUACUAAUAAUUUUAUGGACAAAGGUUUCUACUCAUCUGGAUUAAAUUUAAAUAAAUCUGAAUUGCCUAUUGGCUGGCAUAUGUUAUCAGUUGUAGGUAAACCACGAAUGGAAUACAUAAAAACAGAAGAUGGGAAAGAAAGAAAUGUAAUAGGUGGUGGAGGAUUAGGGUUCACAGAAAUUACAAAACCAAUACAGAAAAAUAUUAAUUUAUUAACACAAUAUAGGUGGUGCCAGGAAUUUUAUAUUGAUGGACAAAUUAUGGGUAUAAGUUCAUAUUGUACUCAUGAAAGUGUUGUUAUGAUUGGAAAUAGUUUAUUUUUAGAGAAUGCAUUUGGAAUGUUUACAUGCCCGAGAAUAUUUAAUCGUUCAUUCUCACCAAUGGAAAUACACACUGACUUUUUGUCUUAUAACUAUUUAAUAAAAGCAUGUACUUGGAAUCCAAGAGAUGAUAUUUUAUUACAGUUUGAUUAUAACGUAAUUACUAAAGAAUUUCGUGUACUAGAAAAUCCAAGCAAUAAAUUAAGAUAUAUUUAUAAUGUUAAUUCAAAUUAUCAAUUAAAUAAGUAUGACCAAUUAAAAAAUAUAACAAGAGAUAAACGAAAAAAAAAAAAAAAACAAUCAUUUGAAGGAAACAUAGAUAUUGAUGAUCAAUUAUAUUGGUUAGAUGAAAUGGAGUGCCAAUCACCAUUAUUUAAUUAUAUUGAAACAUUUUUGGAUAAUAAUUCAUUUGAUAAUGAAAGUAAAUAUAUAUUGGCAAUAAGUAAUAGUAUGAUUAGCCCAACAAAUGAAAAUAUAUGUAUUGAUCCAACUCAAAUUUUUAUUUUGGAAAAAAAGUCGGGAUAUUCAACUGAAGGUGGUAGUGUUUUAUUGGAAAGACCAGUAAGAUUAAGUAAAAAUUGGUCUUGCGAGGUUUGGUUUUAUGUUCCUUUUGAGAUAACAUUUCAUCCUUAUUGUUUAAUAUCAAAUAGUGAUGGUAUAGGAUUUAUAGUGAUAGGUUUAAAUGGUGAAUUGGGGUCAAUACAAAGAAAAGUAACAAAUAUGUAUGUAAAUGAUGUAAUUACUAGAGGAAAUAAACACGAUUCAAUAGGGAAAAAAGUGCACGAAAAGAAUAUUGGUAAUAAUCGUUUACAAUUUUUAUCUUGGGAUAUAAAUUUGAGAGAUCAUAUUAAUGUUGGCUGGUAUCAUAUGGUUGUUACAUUUAAUACAACACAACAUAAUACUAUAACAACUUAUAUUAAUUCUCAAUGUAUUGGAAAGAAGAUGAAUGUAUUGGAGUUGCCGCAUCAUCAAAGUCCAUGGAUUGAUUGUAUUGGUAAUUUAAAAACAAGCAAAGGGCAUUAUAUUGCGCCAUUUGGAUUAUUUGGCCAUUUAAAAAUAUAUGACUUUGCAUUAUCUACAAUAGAGAUUGGAUUAUUAUAUAAAAAUUGGCUUUGCCAUAAAAAUUUAAAGAAAGAAAUAUUAAAUCGUCAUAUUAAACAAGAAAAGUCAACAAUAACCAAAAUCUACACCUUAUAUAAUAAUAUAAUAAAAAAAGGUGAAAAAAAUAUAGAAGACCAAAAUACUAAGAACGUUAAAAAAGAAAAAGCUUCGGAUUCAGAUUCAGAUUCUGGCUCGGAUUCGGAAAAUUAG